AUCUGUCAUGUGUCUACGUUUGUAUCUUCUUUCAUUUGUAAUAUUAUGCAUUGUGUUGUUGAUUUAAAAUUUAAAAGACAUGCGGUAGAUGGGCCCACAAUCCUUUGGGAUACGAGAAUUGGUAAAACCUUAUUAAUAUUGAAAUAUGCAGCUCUCUAUAGUUGUUGAAAAAAUAUUGAAUUCACAAAAAGGAAAUCAUGAACGAUUCCUCCCACUUAUUUUCCAAAUAUCAGCAACUCUUGAGAGAUCUCAAAAGCACUGUUGAAGGCUUGUUGGUGACUCAAGUGGCUAAUGUCUGGUCCAUCUAUGGGGGGCUCAAUAGACUCCACAAUGCAGUCGAGAAAAUAUUUAAACAUGGAUGCAAAGGCUCAGGAAAUGAAAGGAGUUAUUUCAAUUUCAUUCAAGGCUUGGAGUGGUUACAACCAGAAAGUGCAAAAUCAAUAUUUUCCUUGGACUGUGAGUACCGUCCACAUGUCCCGGCUCACUUCAAAGACAACAAACCUUCUACGUGGCUAUAUCGCAGCCUUGAAAAUCAUUCGUUAUCCCAAAAGUUGUCUUGGCUGCUGUCAGACAAAUCACAUUUAUCAAGCUGUUAUCAGUCCUAUGCGUACCUUUGUCAAGAACAGUUUGCUGAAGCAACUAUCAUAUGUCUGAGAGCUGUGGAGCGUAAUCAGGCCAGUCUUAUGUCCGACAUCAGCCCUUACUUAUUCCUUCAGAAGACUCAAGAGUUUCGUAAACUCCAUCGAAGGUGUUCAUCUUUACCAGAUAGUCGUUUGAAAAAAAUUUACGAAGAAAAAUCCAAUAUACGUAGAAGGCCAGCGCAAAAUGUAUCUGCUAAGGGACAGGCUAAAGAAGCUAAUAUUAAGGGCAAACUUAGACCUUGGCUCAGCAUGCCUUCUUUGCAAGUUCCUACCUUUGAUGUUGAAAGCAGGUAUCACGUGAAGAGUAAAACAACUCCAUCUACUCCAGUCCAUCCAAAGAAGGUUGCCAAAUUAUCCCUGUAUGCUUUUGAGUCAGAUUACAUCACACUGGGUCCCAAGAAGAAUAUAACCCCUAAAACCAUCUCAACGGAGACUCACAAGCUGAAUCAUAUCCUCAUAGACAAUUUGGACAUUGUAGAGCAUACAGCAACCUCGAGCAGUUCUCAGAGUAGCGAUACCUUAAUUGAAGAAUUGAUAUCCACCAAAUCAAUGCCUGCCAGCAGAAGUAAAACCAACUUGGGCUUCUCUCCUCCCAAAUCAGUAAUGGACUCUUUCCUGCCCAUGCCCGGUGAGAAAGACUACACAAAGUUACCAAAGAAAACGUUCAUAGAGGAUGGAGGCAUGAGCGUUCUACCCAUGGCAACGGGGUGCUUUCCGAAACCUAUGAAAGGGCAAAGCUUGCUCUCGUUCCUCACCUCUGGUCAGUUUGCUAGAGCUAACGCUGAGCUGGAUAGAGAAAACGCACAUUUCAGCAUUUCGGAGGCCAUCAUUUCGGCGAUGGAGCAAAUUCGAUGCAAGCAAAGUUUCAAGGUGGUGGACGAGCAAAUAGACGAGAGCGAUCCUGAAAUUAUGGACUUGAAGCAAAGAAUAAGGCUCCGGAGGACUCAGAGAGCAAUCGAAAAGCAAAGAAAGAAUUGGGUGGCAGAUUUUGCAAGUGAGAGUAAAACAGACACAAGAUUAUAG